GUCGCCAACAUCUCUUCUGGUUUCGUCAUAAUUUUUUCGUAGCCUACGUUACUCGUACAUGUAUACCGGUGCCAGGAUCGAGCAGGAAACCCCUUUUUCUUCUGUUUGGACUUGAUACAAGUCUGUGAUAUAAAGGCCAUAGCAGGAACCCAGAUGGCAUCUGUUGUCUUGAGUCCAGCUUAUUGGGGAAGCAGUCGAAGACUAGGGUCACUCUUACAGACACUGUUCAAAAGAUACUAUACAGAAGGCAGCUAUUUCCUGUUUUCUCCUGUGUCUGUACCUCUCACUGCUUGUAGAAUUUACUUCCAAGCAAAGAUUCCCUCCAUGCAUCUUCGAGUCCAGUGCUAUUCGACAACGACACUCCAAAAGCCAACAGUUCCAAAGCAUCAUACAUUUCGCAAAAGGAACCCAGUGAAUGAAAGGCAUCACAGAAGUGGCCAGUUUAGAAUCAAGGACUUUCUAGAACGUCCAAAGAGCGAAGAAAAAUUUGAUCAGAAGGCAGCUACAAGAAGCUUCUAUGAAGACUCAGACGGAUAUCUUACAGCCGACAAUUUCCUGAAGUCUCAUCGUUGCAAAGAAAGUACAAAUGACACAGAUGUAGAGAGUGUCUUAGCUGCGAUCAGCUACAACAAAGAAGAUGUUAGUCCUGCAGUUCUAGCCGACAGUCUGUCAGCUUUAGCUAGCCAACCACAGAACAGGAUUACACAGUUUUUACAAAGUGACCAUUACGACCCAUGCCUCACAAUGGUGUCCAACUAUUGCAAAGUGUUCACAGAUGAAGAUUUUGUGACUGUUUUAGUCUCCCUUUACAACUUCGAGAUCCCACCCUGGCAUCGAAUCUACAGAAAGUUCAUUUCAGAGUGCGAAAGAAGGGUCUAUGACUGGGACAUUGAUACGAUGCUACUUGUCUCUGAUACCUGGCGAGCGAUUGGCCGGAUAGUUACUGAUUACAAUGGUCGAAUGUUAAAGUGUAUUGAGCCAAAGUAUCUUGAGCUGACGCAUCAUCAGUUGGUGCAGCUACUGUAUGUGAUUGGAGAGAACAGGACGGCACCGCUAACACUGAUGAAGAAAUUAGAAGACGUGGUGCUUUCGCACGUAGACGAACUUAGCGGAAAAGAGAUUGCAGCCAUCUGCUUGGGUUACUUCAAGUCUCAGACUAUCAUAUCCUCAACUGCAUUGUUGCAGGUUUUGGGGGACAAGGCCUGCGAACAUUUUGACCGACUAGAUUUCUUCAGUGCAGUGAGUGUUUUCAAGGCCUUCAGACAUGCGACAACAGUCCACUUGCCUCUCUUCAAGAAGGCCGCAGAAAUUUUUUCCAGUAAUAUUCAGGACCUACCACUCGUGUCAGUGAUGCAGUUGAUCUUCACGUAUGGAGCGCUCCAUAUAUUCGACAAGGACUUGCUUGAAGCUGUGGCAGAGAAAGCCGUGAAAGACGCCAAACUGUGUCGGAUCAAAGACAUCGCCAAGUUCCUGUGGACGUUUGCACAGUUAAACUAUCGUCCAGCCAAUGUUGACCUGUUUCUUGAUACUAUGGUGACGGAGUUGCGUGCCCGCUCCAGUGAGUUCCAGACAUUUCCUGAGCACCUUGUGUACAGCGUGGCAGCCCUGGCCUACAUGGAAAAAUUCCCACAUGACCUCAUCAACACUGUGUUCAGUCCAGAUACCCUGAAGCAGAUAAAAAAGUACUGCCCAUGGGAGACCAUGCGUGACCUAUAUGUUAUUGAUGGUAGUGUGGGAGUGGAGUGUGAGGACUAUACCGGACACAGGCUCUCUCAGGAGUUCAUCAAACAACUACCAGAGGGUGCAGGAGGAAGUGUGAAACAUGAACUGACGUAUCGGGAGAACCUAUCAGAGGUGGUGAAGGUACUGGAACAGACGAUGAGCAGGGAACGCAUCAAGGUCCACCACAUCCUGUCACACUUCAAGUCCACAGAUAUAGAGAUACAUGUGGACCAGAGAAACCAGGCAGUGACAAUUGCUGGUCCUGUCUCCACACCUCGUGCCAAGAAGAAACAAGCAGAUAUCAGGCUGGACAACAACCUCAUUGAUAUCCUAACAGGUACAAAAUCAGAGAGUAGUUUGAAGGACAAAGGGGAAGUGGAACCUGCAAACCAAGACACAGAAAAUAUAACAAGACUGGCUGUACAGGUCACCAGUAUGAAACACCACCUCUACAACAGCCACACUCUGCUGGGGGUCCAUCAGAUGAAGAGGAGGCAACUCAGGAAGCUGGGGUACCAGGUGGUAGAGAUUCCCUACUACGAGUGGCAAGAUCUACCCAGGCACCCGAACAAUGAACGGAAGGAAUAUCUCAGGAACAAAAUCUUUGGUCGUAGCUAGUAGAGUCAAAAGAGCUUGUUCUGUUAACCUUUUAAUUGCUGCUAUAUUGUAAUGGACAUAACUGCAUUUUUAAUGUGAUAUUGUCACUCAUUGUAUAAUGGUCAUUGCAGUAAAUAUCAGUAAAAUGAUUUUUGAUAAGUGAUUUUGAAGAAAUUAUAUCAUGACAAAAUAAAGUUUAAACCCUUAUUUUACUUUUACUGAGUUUGGACACCUUGUAUACAUAUGUGAUGUUUAUUGCAUUUAGACACAGCAGAUGAAAUAAUGUAAUAGAAAAUGGCACCUAGCAGAAGUGUUAUACCAAGGAGGUUUAAAGUGACAACUUUAGUUCUGUACAUUUCUGGAGCCCAUGCAUUGCUUUAUGUGAUGUUAUGAAGCAUACAUGUGCAAAACAAUAGUCAGGCUUACAUGACCUUGGUUGUUCAUUAUGUAGACCUUUGCUUUGCCCCUUUGUUUUUGUUAGCAUUUAUAACACAAGAUUUGAAAAUCUUUAAGUCAACCACAUAAUGAAACAUCAAAACAACCAGUUUGAACCCCUUUGCUUUCCUACUGUGUGGUAAACAAAAAUAUUUAGACAGUGGAUUUUCUUUACACAAGCCAGUCCAUAUUUGUGAAAGCAUGUGGUUCUAACACCUUCACACCGUCACACCACAUACUGAUAAAAUGGAAUAAUUAUUGUGCCAAAUAUAGCCACAAUUCUUGAGCAAGAAAAGCCAGUUUUAUUUUCUUCGAACCAAAUUGUGUGUGGGUGUGUGUGGAUGGUCACAAUGGGCAAAUUACUGUUACAGUAUUUAAUAUGUAAUGGAAUGCAAUUAUUCAGGUUCUGUAAUAUCUAUUCCGCUCUGCAAUCUAAUUGUGAGAAAAAUUCGAUUUAGAGACAAGGUUUCCUCCAAUGGGGACUCCCAUCUUGUCAAAAUCUCUCUUGAUUAUGACAAAGAUGAAAAUCUAGUACUGGAAAAGAAGGCAAAAGGAUGGUAUGGAUGAACAUUGUUUGAGAUCCAACAUUGAGAUCCUUUCAUUUCGAGAGAACACUGUUAGGUUCUUAGCUUGAGAUGACAAAAGUCCAAAUUAACAUUCUGUUUUGAGUUUCUGUCAUUGCCAUACAUGUAACCUCAGGUUACUAUCUCAACUUGUUCAGGUCCAGAUUUGUACCCAGACCUAUCUACUGAUACCUACACCUGAUGACAGUUUUAAAGCAUGCAGCUAAACUCUCCAAGCCUAUGUUCAUUUUGUUUUCUAUUUUGUCAGCCAGGACAGUUAUAGAAAAGCUGACAGAAUAGAAAGCCAAACAAAAUGUCUAGUGAUGCUUAAAAAAUAUCUGAAAACAGGUCUAACAUCUGCUUGGAAAGCAACUCAGCUAGACAUACAAAACUGUAUGGCAAAAGAAACAAAAGCGUUGAUAAGCAGUAAUGUCUACAGUUGGAUAAGACAUAAUCACAAUCAUGUACAUCUUGCCCCACUUCAUUUUUUCCUGGUUUAAUGACUGGUACAAACAGCAUGGCCUGACACAGAAAGGUGAUCUUCAUAUUAAGUUGCCCUAUUUACAACAAGUGCCCAGUACUUUAUUAGUGUAAAACAUGCUCUUACUCUACAUUCAGUGGUCCUAUAACUGACAUGUACAACUUGAGGUAAUCUGACCAUGAUUUUAUGACUGGUAUAGUCAUAACCUUCCAUACACCUGCUUAGUCAUUAUCAUAUGAUGAAGUAAAACCUCUUUUCCAUGUCUAGGCCACACCAAUUUGAUUAGUUGGUUUUUUCAUAAUUAUAAAAUAUGAAGCAAUGGUGAAAAAAAAAA